CAUGUUUCGUUUUUAAUCUUUUGAGACGUUGAGUGGGUGUUGUCACUUGGGGGUUCUUGUAUUUGUUUACUUAUCCGGAUACGCAAUCUUUUCUCUUUUUUUACGCAAUUUUCUCCAAUCAACGCUCUGAGAAUUUUUGAGAUAUCUUGACCGGUAUUUAUAAAACAGUGAGACACUAACUAUCAGCCCUGGGUUCGUGUAGUUCAGUCGGAGGUAAAACUCAAGAAAUCAACAUGCCUGUCGAUGUUUACAUUUUUCCUGUAAGCGGCCCAUGCCGGGCCGUAUUGAUGACUGCCAAAAUGAUUGGUCUAGAUGUCAAUAAAAAAAUUCUGAAUUUGGCUGGUGGUGAACAACUUAAGCCUGAAUACAUAAAGAUGAAUCCACAACAUACCGUUCCCACUAUAGAUGAUAAUGGAUUCUAUCUUUGGGAAAGUCGUGCUGUUUGCACAUACCUUGUGAACAAAUAUUCUCCGGACAGUCCUUUAUAUCCCAAGGAUCCAAAAGAAAGAGCCCUUGUCGACAGGCUGCUUUACUUCGAUAUUGGCACUCUCUAUAAGGCUGAGCUUGAAUACAUGUAUCCCAUAUUAUUUUUGGGAAAGGCAGGAGAUCCCGAAAAGAAGGAAGCUUAUGAGAAGACCGUGGCGUUCUUAGAAGAAUUCCUUUCCAAGACACCAUACGUUGCGGGUGAUCAUCUGACUGUUGCUGACCUCUCCAUCCUUGCAAGUCUAACUUUUGCAGAAUUGGAUGACUUCAGUUAUGCUGCCUACCCUAAAAUCACUGCCUGGCUAAACAAAAUGAAAUCAGAAGUUCCAGACUUUAAAGAAAUCAACGAAAUUCCUCUCAACGAAUUCAGGGAAGCUUUAAAAUCUAGAAAAUAAAGAAAUGUUGCACAUUUGUCAUUUUAAAAUACGUUUGUUCCUCCUUGAAGCAUAAGUUAUUUUCACAGUAAUAUGAUUCAUUUGUUUUAAUACGAAUUUAAAUAAAUCACUGUUCUGUUAA